AUGUCUACUAUCGACAUAUCCAAGAAAUGUCCUCAUAGAACCAGUCUAGGUCCUUGUGAAGAUGAUCAACAUAUUGAAGCAGAUAAGGGAGAUCUUCAAGGAACUUCAUACUAUGGAUAUGUUACUCACAGUUCCAUUGGAAAAAAGAUAGGAAAGCUUACCUGCGGUGGAAAACCUCUUUUAAUAGAAGAUAGUAAAGGGACUACUACGUUCUCCACAAAGUAUCCCAAGCUAGAGAAAGUAACUACGUAUUACUAUAAAAAGAACGAUAGUAGUGAUCACAUACAUGUGCCCCUUAUCCUCAGGGUUAAUGGAGGAGAAGCAUAUCACUUGUACCUUAACAAAGGUGGGGACCAUACAAAAUGGAGAGAGAUCUCCUUGAGGGAUUUAAAUGGAAUUCCUUCAGAUAACAAAACAACCCCUAAACUGACUAGCAAGUUAAAUAGUCAGACGUGUACUCUUCACAGACUCCAUAAAAUUGAUAUACGUAAUGAUGGAAAUAGCGGUAACAAUCCAUACACAUGCCAUGUCUGUAAAGAAGCUACACUAUGGUCGAGUACAGAGAAAGGUGUCAACUCCAUUGACUAUUACAAAAGGUUUUGUCACGUCCUGCUAGAUAAUGGUAACGAAAUUACACAUCCAGUUGCUUACGGAAAUGAUCUUAUCAGGUACCGAGAAAAUGCUAAUAACAAAUGGAAACCACUUUCAUUCAGUAAAAGCAAUUGUGAGUAUCUUUCUGUUUACUACUGGGAAGGAGACAGUGACCGUGAGAAUCCACUUUUAAUGGAAGUUAAACAUGAUGGACAAUCUACCUGGUAUGAGAAUGGAUGGGAAGCUGGUAUGAAAAGGCAUGAUAAGUGGACAAAGUUGGAAGAUGCUAUAAAUCUAUUUUCUCCUGAAAAGCUCAAGGAAAAACUUAACCUUCUUAGUUGUCUGCUUAAUGGAACGGUUAGGAUAAGCUUGGGGUUGACUUCAAAUUGCCACACUUUUCAGGAUACUAGACAUAAGAGUAGGAUUUUGAGCUCAUAUGAUAGUACUAUAGACAUACAGCUUUCUCUUUCAGCCUAUGUCUAUACACCGAGUAAAGACUCUGGAAGUAGUUCAUUUAAUGUGUCAGAAUUUUACCUUGAAGGUCAUAAACAGACUUUUCCAGGAGAUACUUCAUUCUUUAAAGAUGUUACCAAAGUUACUGCCUAUGCUUCAUCCUGUGAUACUACAAAACCGUUUUUGCUUUGCAUAGAAACGGAAAGUAGUAAUGAGAAGUAUAAGUGGUACCAGAAAACCAAGCCAGGGAAUGACUGGGAAGUAUAUGGGCAAUUCUCUACCCAGUCUCCUGAUAGUGCUAAAGACAAAUUUGGACCUAUUUUCUCAGAUGCUGUGAAAACUCUGAGUAUAAAACCAUGUGAGAAAAGGUAUCCUCCAAGUGGUCUUAAGAUAAAUAUUAUAAAGCAACCGACUGGUGAUCAUCUUGCUACUACAUACGUUGAUUCCGGUUCCGGGGAAAUUCCAAUAGCUGUAGUAAAAAGACUUGAUUCACCUGUGCGUGGUUUCUUCAAAGUUACUCACACUGCAAGGACAGCAACUGGAUCUUUUAAACUAGACGGAAAGUUCACGAAUGGAGAUGGUAUAAGAGGGGUGGAACAACUCAUAGAUAGUAUCUCUGUUUUCUACUGGAACAGCAAUGAUCACACCCCAAUCUUGCUUGAAAUCAAAGAUCAACAAGGGACAAAAUACUAUUCUCUCUGGGAAGACAAUGUCAGAAACCAGAAGAAUUGGGCACGACGAAAUGGUUAUGAGAAUCUAACGUCUGCUGAUUUGGAGGAUAUGCUAGAUGAUCAAAACUGUCAUAGGAAUAAUGCAAUUCCCAUAGAACUUACUAAACCGAACUAUCUCAAACCAUUUUAUAGUAAAAUUAAGAAAAAUACUGGCAUUAAUCCACAUCUAAGCAAAAGAUUGGUCUCUUCGUCCACCUCCUUACCUACUCCCCUUCCUGGUACUAACUAUACUGUUCAAGAAUACAUAAUUAAUGGACAUGGUACGAGAAUUUCUAGGGUUACUUAUAAUGGAGAAGAUACUGACAUAGAUCCUCCUAAAGAGUCAAUAUCAAGAAUAAGAAUAUAUAAGUGGAGUAAAGAUCUCAAGAAUAUACCUUUACUUCUUGAGUUUAUCCCGUCUUCUGGAAGCUCCACAUUCUUUGAGAGUACUGAUGUGACUAGUUUUAUAUGGAAACCUAUUGAUGGAAAUGAAUCAAAAGAUUACUACAAAGGAGUGGAUAAGACUCCACAAAAAACACUCACCGAGGUACUUACCAAGAAGUUGGAUGAAGUGAGUUGCAGGAUCCAUCAUACAGUUAAGAUUGAUAUAUCUAAGAAUAGUGGAAGGUAUUGUCAUAGCAAAUGUACUUACAAGAGAAUAAAGGUUGAGAGGGAGGAUACACUGUUCGAGGAAUAUAUAGGUUAUGAGCAUACUUCUAACACUAAAGAUAAGACUUUUACAAUUACUUCCAUGAUGAAGAGGAAUAUUGAACAGAAGGUGGACCCUAAUAUAGAAUUCCCUCUCAGAAAUGUUGAACUAGUUACAGUAUACUUCCCCAACUGCAGUCUAAUCACUCCAGUUGUGAUAUACAUAAAGUAUAAAGAAAAUGGCCAAAAUAAUACGAAGUGGCUUGAGAGUGAUGGUGAAAAAAACUGGAAGGAUAUUAGCCAACAGAUUCCUGGAGAUGAUACAAAAAUCACGGAGUUUCUGAAUGGUGUCACAAGUGGCCUAGGAUUAUGCACAAAAUCUUCUAGACCUACUUACGCACAACCACACAAUAGUAUUGAUGUUUCUUAUGAUUUAGGAGGAUCAGUCUCUGGUGAUGAAGAUGACUUUGAGAGUAACAGCGGAUACUCCGACGAAGAAGAUGCUACUAUUCCAUCUGCUCUUACUCCUGAUGUUCCUCCUAAAGAUACUCCUGUUACUACUUCUGAAGAACCUGCUCUUGCUGCUCAAGCCUCAGGCCCUAUUCCUGGAGGCUCUUCUGAAGGCUCUAUUCUAGAUAAUCCGUAUAUUAUCACCUCUUCUGUUCUUGGUACUUCUGCCUUGGCUUGUUUUGCUGGAUGGAAACUCUAUAAUCGCUCCAGAGGAGACCCUUGGGUUAGACAAAUAUGA